AUUUCGCUUCGCUUCGCACUUCGCAUUCGACUUCAAAGCUCUUCACCGCUUUGCCUCAAUCGGCAGAGCCAAGAGUCAUCUUAGGAAACCGACUGUACUCCGUACCGCCCGCAUUUUCUGCCACCACUUCGUCCAGUGCAGUGCCAUCGCGGAAUCCCUCCCAUUACUAUUCCCUGCUUACUACGAACAAGUGUCCAAUUGUGGCAAGGACUACAUUCCCUUCACUUUAAAGGUAACAGUGUUCGCUCCGGAAUUUCUGUCAGUGAUCGACAAUCUCGCAAUUUUCCCACACUUUCCUUUCCACACAUCUGGUUCUUUGCACUUGAAGGGAGUCAUGGCGUUGCAUCUCGUUGAUCAUUCACCCCACCAUCCGGAUCCCUCGCCCCCGGUUGCGACCGCAUCUAACCUGAUUCUCAUUGAUAACUACGACUCCUUCACUUGGAAUGUCUACCAGUACUUGGUGCUAGAAGGUGCCACAUGUACCGUCUACAGAAAUGACCAGAUUACUCUUGACGAGCUCAUCGCCAAGAAGCCCACCCAAUUAGUCAUAAGCCCCGGGCCCGGCCACCCAGACACCGACGCCGGCAUCAGCAAAGAUGCAAUCAAACAUUUCGCUGGCAAAAUCCCAAUUUUCGGAGUAUGCAUGGGACAGGAAUGUAUUUUUGGUGUCUAUGGCGGCUCAAUCGAGUUUGCUGGAGAAAUUCUUCAUGGCAAGACUUCGCCCCUGAAGCAUGAUACCAAGGGUGUCUAUGCCGGUAUGGCGCAAGGCCUCCCCGUCACGAGGUAUCAUUCCCUUGCCGGUACUCACGUCACUCUGCCGGAAGCCUUGGAGGUUACCUCCUGGAUUCCCAAGGAUGAUGGUUCCAAAGGAGUCAUUAUGGGCGUCAGGCACAAGGAUUAUACUGUGGAAGGCGUUCAAUUCCAUCCCGAAAGUAUUCUUUCUGAACAGGGUCGGAUCAUGUUCAAGAACUUUUUGCACAUGCAGGGAGGCACUUGGGCCGAGAACGAUCGCCUCCAAAAGCUCGCCCAAACUAAUGGUACGACCACCCCGGAUGCACCGAAAAAGAGCAACAUUCUGCAGCAAAUUUAUGCUCAUAGGAAGGACGCGGUCACCGCGCAGAAGCUUAUUCCUUCACAGCGGCCUGAAGACCUGCAGGCUGCUUAUGACCUAGGGGCUGCACCCCCACAGAUCAACUUUCUCGACCGACUACGCCAGACACCCUUUGACGUUUCUCUUAUGGCCGAGAUCAAGAGGGGAUCACCUUCAAAGGGCAUCUUUGCGAUGGGCAUAAACGCCCCAACUCAGGCGAAGAAGUACGCAUUGGCAGGUGCCAGUGUUAUUUCUGUUUUGACCGAACCCGAAUGGUUUAAGGGUAGCAUCGAGGAUCUGCGUGCCGUCAGACAAGUCCUCAGCGCCAUGCCAAACCGGCCCGCCAUUUUGCGAAAGGAAUUCAUUUUUGAAGAGUAUCAGAUUCUGGAGGCUCGACUUGCCGGUGCUGAUACUGUCUUGCUCAUCGUCAAGAUGCUAGAUGUCGAGUUACUUACGCGGCUUUACAAGUACUCCCAGUCAUUAGGCAUGGAGCCGCUUGUAGAAGUUCAGAAUGCCGAGGAAAUGAAGAUCGCAGUCGAACUUGGCUCUAAAGCCGUUGGUGUCAACAAUCGCAACUUGGAAUCAUUCGAGGUUGAUCUCGGCACAACAGGCAGGUUGCGCGCCCUGGUGCCAAAGGAGACUAUCAUUUGCGCACUGAGCGGUAUCAACACAUAUGACGAUGUAGUGGCGAAUCACAAGGAUGGAGUGAACGCCGUUCUGGUCGGUGAGGCAAUCAUGCGUGCGCCGGACGCGUCAGAUUUUAUCCAGCAACUAUGCGCCGGCAAGGUUGUUGAAAAAUCGACUACGACGGAUCCUCUCCUCGUCAAGGUGUGUGGUACCCGAACUCCUGAGGCUGCAAUCGCAGCUGCUGAAGCUGGAGCAGACUUGAUCGGCAUGAUCCUUGUUCCUGACCGAAAGCGCACUGUCUCCGACGAGGCAGCAAAGGCGAUAUCCAAAGCUGUACAUGAAUUUGUUCGACCAGAGUCGCCGGCGCCCAAGAGACCGGCACAUAUCGCCACUGAUUUCUUUGCAUCGGCUGCCGAAAAGAUUACAUCGCCUGGUAAGACGCGGCCACUGCUUGCUGGAGUCUUCUUAAAUCAGCCUUUGGAAGAAAUUCUCGAGCUUCAGAAGCGCUAUAAUUUGGACGUGGUACAACUUCAUGGAAACGAGCCCGUUGAGUGGGCACAAUUCAUCCCGGUGCCCGUCAUGCAUAAAUUCGUACCUGGCGAGCCGGGUGUUCAUGUCAGGGGCUAUCAUGCGGUUUCUCUUCUCGACUCUGGUUCCGGAUCCGGUAAACUUUUGGAUUCUGUCGACAUCAAAGCAGAAUUGGCAAAUGAUCCCGAGUUACGCAUUAUGUUGGCCGGAGGUUUGGAUCCCACAAAUGUUGCUGAAACAAUCGUUAGCCUAGGAGUCGAGGCCGCUCAUGUUCUGGGUGUUGACGUGAGUAGUGGAGUUGAAGUCGACGGAGCACAAAACCUCGAUCGGAUACGGCAGUUUGUCAAGGCGGCCAAAGAUGUCCGUUAAUUUUGAACUUAUCUCAGCUUGCUGGUUUUGCGUUGGGAGUUGCAUUAGAAGGCUAAAAUGAUGCUCCAAAGUUCAGGACAUUUGGAACCAGAUCUUGUGUAGUUGAAAAAUUCGACGCUUUUUCAAAAAUGGAAACCAUGUUAUGAAUUCUACAAAAACUCUUCAAU